UUGCCUUUUCAGAAAUCGAUCCCAACCAAGAAGAAUCACAUCAACGGAAAGACAUUACCUUCCGCAUCAUCUCAAAAAAGUCUACUUAAUGGUAGUAUAAAUGGAAAGUCAUCUAUCAAGUCACACCCAACUACUCCAGUACGAGCAGCUGGCGCUGGUGGGCCGAGGACAGUCAUGAAUGCAUUGAAGAAAAUUGACAGUGAGGAAUGGAGUGAAAAGGUGGAUGGGAUCAAUCUCAUCAGUGAGCUGUCUGAAACGAAUCCGAAAGAGCUGUGUCUUAUUCUCAUCCAUCGAGCUGGCGACGUGUCAAAUGCUUUCAUUCGUGAAGAUGCGAACGAGGCCUUGGACAAAGUCGUAAAACAUGCAUCAGCUGGCAAAGCACUCCAGUCGAUCAUCGCUGCUGGUUCGAAGUAA